GCAAUAACCUUCGCCUGUUCAACCUCGAUACCACUACCAAUGAGCUCAAGGUCGCCGUUGAGUCCACUGAGGGCGGCACUGGAGUUGUCUCCAUUGACUUCAACAAGGACAAGACUCGUCUUGUUGGCGCUUCCUAGUACGUACCACUUGCCUCUUUAUUUUUACUACCUACUAUUUUGGUCCCUUUGAAUGCCUCAUAAACUAACAAAAUCCAGCACCAAUGGCACUGUUGACGUCUGGGAUAUCUCUGACGCCAGCGCUCUCAAGCAUAUGAAGAGCCUCACCCUCGGUGGCGAGCUUGGUCCCAACAAGCUGCGUCAGGACAAGUCUUACGCUCACCAGGCUAUUCUCGAUCCCUCUGGCCGUUACUUCGCCAUCUGCGACCUCGGCACUGACUCCAUCUCCAUCAUCGAUUCCCAGGAUGACAAGUACGACAUUGUCUCUCGCAACAGCGUCUCUAGAGCUGGUUGUGGCCCUCGCCACGGCGCCUGGUACCCUCAGAACGGAGGCGCGCCUACCGCCUUCGUCGUCGCCUGUGAGCUCAGCAACACCCUCGAGGUCUUUUCCGUCUCCACCAACAACGGCUCUUCCCUCUCCCUUACUCAUAGUUCGGAGCUGAGCACCUACGGCGCUGCAUUCCCUCCCGCCAACGCCACCUCGGCUGCCGCUGGCGAGAUCAUCAUCUCGAGUGAUGGCAAGCACGCCUACGUCUCCAACCGCGUUAGCGGCAACGCAACCGACUCUAUCUCCCACUUCAAGAUCACUCAGCAAGCGGCCCCCGGCGGUUCCAAGUGUAAGCCCAAGGCCGGUGGCAUCACCCUCGAGUUUGUCGAUCAGAUCUCCUCUGGUGGCGUGAACCCGCGUAUGUUCAGCUUCUCCAAGGAUCAAAAGACGCUCUUCUCCACCAACAUGGCGGGCGAAUCCGGUGUGGUGGCGUUCAGCCGUGCCGAGGACACCGGCAUCCUGACUGCUUUGCCCAUCGCGUCCAUUCCAGUCCCGAACUUUGUGGUGGGCACUCAGGUCGGUACUCCCGUGUUUAUCCAGCAGAUCGUCUAAGAUCUCGAUGGCAUGGCGUGUGCCUCAUUACCGUCUUUCUAUGUGUAUCAAGGGAAUGGUUUCCUUUAGUAGGUUUUCUACGGCAUUAGCUUUGGCGUUGCAAGGCCCGGCGUUGGAGAGCGGCAACCAUGAGUUGGCUGGUACAGACAUGAAACCGCUUGAUUUGAGGAGGGUUUUUUUUUUCGCGGCAUUAGAUACCAAAGUCAUUAGGGUUAGUGACAUCGUUCUUCAAAAGUCUCAACAAAACAGAUAUUUCAUCUGAGAAUAUUACGCUUCUUGCUCGUCCGUGUGAUGUGAAUGUGCUGGGUUUGGUGAAGUUGCCUGGUGUUUGGAGAUGAGAGGGGAGAAGUC